AUGAAAUUAAAAUCUUUCACCUCAGCAAUUUUUAUAUCGGUUUUCAUUGCCGGUACGACAAUACUUGCUGCACCUCUUGCACCUCCAGAACAAAAAUUCAAGAAAUUGGUCGCACUUGGAGAUUCUUUUACUGAUAGUGGAAAUGUAUUUAAUUUGACAAAUCAUUUAUGGCCAUCAGCUGGAAAUUUUUUCGAAGGUAGAUUUAGCAAUGGGAAAAUGUGGGUCGAAUAUCUUAGUGAGUUGCUCGGGGCGGAAUUAGAAAAUAAAGCCUAUGGUGGUGCAACUUCCGAUAAUGAUUUGGUUCAAGGAUUUAUUAGUAAACAACUUGUUCCAGGAGCUACAGCGGAUAUACCUGUGCCUGGAAUGAAACAACAAGUGGAUGAAUAUCUUUCUGAGAAUGAUAAUCACGAAGAUAAUCUUUAUGCAUUUUGGGAUGCCGGUAAUGACUACUUUUUCUCAUCAUUUUCGAUGGAUCCAUUAAAAGUAGUGGAAUCCAUGGGCCUUUCAUUUGAAAAAUUAGUCGCGGCAGGAGCAAAAUCAUUCCUUGUAGCAGAUAUUGAGGAUUUUUCCAAAUUACCAUUCUUUAAAAAUUCAACGUCAGAAACGAAGACAAGCUACCAAAAAAUCGUUAAGGAUCAUAAUGAAGCUUUAAGUGAAUACUUGAAAUCAUUCGUGGAGAAACAUAAUGAUGUACAGGUUUAUAGGUAUAUAACUGUUGAAAUGUUCGAUUAUUAUACAUCAAUUGAAGGUCAAAAGGAGUUAAAGAUCUCCAAUGUAACAGAUGCUUGUAAUGAUAUUUAUUCGAACCUUACGAACCCUGUUAUUUGUGACAAACCUGAUGAUUUCAUAUUUUGGGAUGCUUUCCAUGUAACCACUAAACUUAAUUCAGUCAUCGCUAAUGAUUGUCUCAAAGCUAUUACAAAGAGUUAA